AUGGUUGAGUCGAAAAAAAUUGGUGCAAUUGGUGCAUCAGGCUUAGGUUCUGGUUUAGCAAAUUGCAUUAAUCUCUCAAAUUUGACAAUUUCUCUUCGUUAAAAUGAAAUUAGUGAUGAAGGUGCAUCAGGCUUAGGUUCUGGUUUAGCAAAUUGCAUUAAUCUCUCAAAUUUGAUACUUUAUCUCGAGUGGAAUAAAAUUGGUGAUGAAGGUGCAUCAGGCUUAGGCUCUGGUUUAGCAAAUUGCAUUAAUCUCUCAAAUUUGACACUUUCUCUUAGUUACAAUUAAAUUGGUGAUGAAGGUGCAUCAGGCUUAGGUUCUGGUUUAGCAAAUUGCAUUAAUCUCUCAAAUUUGACACUUUCUCUUAGUUAAAAUGAAAUUAGUGAUGAAGGUGCAUCAGGCUUAGGUUCUGGUUUAGCAAAUUGCAUUAAUCUCUCAAAUUUGACACUUUAUCUCGAGUGGAAUAAAAUUGGUGAUGAAGGUGCAUCAGGCUUAGGCUCUGGUUUAGCAAAUUGCAUUAAUCUCUCAAAUUUGACACUUUCUCUUAGGGAAAAUGAAAUUAGUGAUGAAGGUGCAUCAGGCUUAGGUUCUGGUUUAGCAAAUUGCAUUAAUCUCUCAAACUUGACCCUUUAUCUUAAUUAAAAUGAAAUUAGUGAUGAAGGUGCAUCAGGCUUAGGUUCUGGUUUAGCAAAUUGCAUUAAUCUCUCAAAUUUGACAAUUUCUCUUAGGUGGAAUAAAAUUGGUGAUGAAGGUGCAUCAGGCUUAGGUUCUGGUUUAGCAAAUUGCAUUAAUCUCUCAAAUUUGACACUUAAUCUUUGUAAAAAUAAAAUUGGUGAUGAAGGUGCAUCAGGCUUAGGUUCUGCUUUAGCAAAUUGCAUUAAUCUCUCAAAUUUGAAACUUUCUCUUUGGUCUAAUAAAAUUGGUGAUGAAGGUGUAUCAGGCUUAGGUUCAGGUUUAGCAAAUUGCAUUAAUCUCUCAAAUUUGACACUUGAUCUUGAAGGAAAUUAAAUUGGUGCAAUUGGUGCAUCAGCCUUAGGUUCUGGUUUAGCAAAUUGCAUUAAUCUCUCAAAUUUGACACUUAAUCUUAGUUUUAGUACAAUUCGUGAUGAAGGUGCAUCAGGCUUAGGUUCAGAUUUAGCAAAUUGCAUUAAUCUCUCAAAUUUGACACUUCAUCUUCGGUAAAAAUAGGUCACCUACACCCUAAUGGCAUUUCUACUAAUCUUCCAUGAUUUGACUACGCAUUAUGCUCGCUUCCCAUUUGUAUUCCAGAUCUUCUGUUCAGAAUGGGGCCUCCUCUUUACCACCUAUCAGAUUUGGCCCUUCCCUCCUACCAAGGAGACCGCUGGUAACAUUCACAUUUUUACAUGGAAUUUUUCGAAAUAAAGGGGGCGGUAUAGGAUUCGAACCCCCGAUAUCACUGCUAAGACCCUCCGACUCGCCCACUCGAGUCGCUUAGCCCUUCUUAAAAUUCGGGAUGAAGGUGCAUCAGGCUUAGGUUCUGGUUUAGCAAAUUGCAUUAAUCUCUCAAAUUUGACACUUAAUCUUCGGACUAAUAAAAUUCGGGAUGAAGGUGCAUCAGGCUUAGGUUCUGGUUUAGCAAAUUGCAUUAAUCUCUCAAAUUUGACACUUAAUCUUUGGUCUAAUAAAAUUGGUGAUAAAGGUACAUUAGGCUUAAGUUCUGGUUUAGCAAAUUGCAUUAAUCUCUCAAAUUUGACACUUGAUCUUGAUUAGAAUUAAAUUGAUGCAACAGGUGCAACAGACUUAGGUUCUUCUUUAGCAAAUUGCACUAAUCUCUCAAAUCUGACACUUUGUCUCUAGUUCAAUAAUAUUGGUGAUGGUGCAUCAGGUUUAGGUUUUGGUUUAGGGAAAUGCACUAAACUCUCAAAUUUGAAACUUGAGCUUAAUUAUAAUUAAAUUGGUGAAAUUGGUAUAUCAGGCUUAUGUUCUAGUUUAAUAAACUGCAUUAAUCUCUCAAAUUUGGAACUUAAUAUUCAUUACAAUUAAAUUGGUGACCAAGGUGCAUCAGGCUUAGGUUCUAGCUUAGGAAAUUGCCCUAAUAUCUAAGAUUUGAAACUUCAGCUAGAAGGGAAUUAAAUUGGUGAUAAAGGUGUUUCAGGCUUAAGCUUUGGUUUAGCAAAUUGCACUAAUCUCUCAAAUUUGGAACUUAAUCUUUGGUGGAAUUAAAUUAGUGUUCAAGGUGCUUCAGGCUUAGGCUCUGGUUUAGCAAAUUGCACUAAUCUCUCAAAUUUAAAACUAUAUCUAGGGUCGAAUUAAAUUAGUGAUGAAGGUGCUUCAGGCUUAGGCUCUGGUUUAGCAAAUUGCACUAAACUCUCAAAUUUAACACUACAUCUUUAGUCGAAUUAAAUUAGUGAUGAAGGUGCUUAAGGCUUAAGCUAUGGUUUAGCAAAUUGCGCUAAUCUUUAUGAAUUAACACUUGAUCUUCAAGAAAAUUAAAUUGGGGUUGAAGGUGCAUCAGGCAUAGGUUCUGGUUUAGGAAAGUGCACUAAUCUCUCUAAUUUAAAACUUAAUCUUGAGAGGAAUCCUAUUAGUGAUGAAGGUGCAUCAGGCUUAGGUUUCGGAUUAGGAAACUGCACUAAUCUCUCAAAUUUGGAACUUUGGCUUUAUUGUAACAAUCCAAUUAGUGCUCAAGGUGCGAUAGGCUUAGGUUCUGGUUUAGGAAAGUGCACUAAUCUCUCAAAUUUAAUACUUUACCUUGGUGGCAAUUAAUUUGGUGAUUAAGGUGCAUCAAGCUUAGGUUCUGGUUUAGGAAACUGCACUAGUCUCUCAAAUUUAAUACUUGAUCUUCAGGAUAAUGAAAUUGGUGAUGAAGGAAUCUUAGGUUUAGUUUCUGGUAUAGGAAACUGCACUCAUUUCUAAAAUUUGGAACUUUGUCUUAAGUCUAAUUUAAUUAGUGCAUAAGGUGCAUUAAGCUUAGGCUCUGGUUUAGGAAAGUGUUCUAUCUCCAAUCUGACAAUUUAACUUGAUAAUAAUUAAAUUGGUUCAGAAGGUGCAUCAGGUUUAUGCUCUGAGUUAGGAAAGAUCACUAAUCUCUCAAAUUUGAAACUUUAUCUUGGUGGAAAUCAAAUUGGUGACGAAGGUGCAUCAGGCUUAAUAUCUAGAUUAGGAAAGGGCAAUAUCUCAAAUCUGACACUUUCUCUUAAGAAAAAUUAAAUUGGUUCAGAAGGUGCAUCAGGUUUAUGCUCUGAGUUAGGAAAGAUCACUAAUCUCUCAAAUUUGAAACUUUAUCUUGGUAAAAAUUAAAUUGGUUCAGAGGGUGCAUCAGGUUUAUGUUUUGAUUUAGGAAAGUGGACUAAUCUCUCAAAUGUGACACUUUAUCUUGAUAAUAAUUUAAUUGGUGAUAAAGAUGCAUCAUGCUUAGGUUCUAGUUUUUAAAAUUGCACUAAUAUCUAAAAUUUGGAACUUAAUCUUGAUAAAAAUUAAAUUGGUGAUGAAGGUGUAUCAGCUUUAGUUUCUGGUUUAGGAAAGAGCACUAUCUCAAAUUUGACACUUCAUCUUAAUGAGAAUUAAAUUAGCGAUGAAGGUACAUCAGGUUUAGGCUCUGCUUUAGCAAAUUGCAAUAAUCUCUCAAAUUUGACAAUGUAAAAAACAGUUUAUUUAUUUGUUUUAGAUUGUGUUAUUUUUAAGUGA